ACGGUUUCUGAGCAUUCUACGUUAAGAGAAUUUUUUUGACGAAAUGAAGUGUCUCGUUCUAACCAUUCUUUUCGUUGCAUUGAGCGCUGGACAAGUACAUCGAUUGCCAUCCUCUUACAAGAACGGCAUCAAAUGGGAAUUCGGCAAAAUCAGUCACGGUGACGUAUUGACCCCUUCUAAUGUCGUUCAAACUCCAGUGCCAUCAAUCGUUGACAAGAACAAGCCGAUUAUUGUGCCAGUAAUUAAAAAAGAGCCAGUUUCAGCGACGGGUUAUAAGAAAAUCCCCGUGAUACCAGAUGUCUAUCAAAAAAAAUCCGCCAUUCCAAUUGUUCACAUCAAGCAAGAACCCGUCGUACAGAACAUUCGCAAGGAACAAUCGACUGUCUUCAGGGCGCACUCAAUACCGUCGAAUAUUUACAAGAGCGAACCCACUGUGCAGAACGUUUCUAAGCAACAGGCUGCAGUGCCAAUUAUUCGCCAAGAACAUCCGGUCGUAUCCAACAUUUACAGAAGCCAACCAAUUAGACCAGUUGUACACCAGCAGCAGCAGCAGCAAUCGCCGCAUCACUUUAUCGUCCCCAGAGUUUUACCGGCCGACUCACAGAAAAAGCUGGAGCAUCACGUAUGGAAUUAUCAAAACAAUCCUCGUCACUCGACUAUUCGUGGCAAUGUGCAUGUAGUUUCGCACAAAUAGUA